CAGCAACAACAGCAGCAAUGGCCGCCUUCCGCAGAGUGGUAACGCUGGCCAGUAAGCUAAACCUCUGGUCGGCGGCGAAAAACGAGCUCGUCGGUGGUCAGACGGCCAGUGGAGGCAGGGCAGGGAGGUGUCUGGCGGUCGGAAUGUGUGUCGCUACGGGAGGCGCCGUGGCGCUUUACCUGUACAACGAUAUGAGGAGCGGCAGAGGCAGGAAGAGGAUGGGGAGUCACAGCAUCAACGGUCUGCCGUUACCGUCCAUACCGACCGUUGAAGCGAAGGAGAGGGCACAAUCAUUUGACUUUGAGGAUGGAGACGUGUACAUGUCGUCCCAUGAGCAUCGCUUCCGCAUGUUCAGCUCAGUGGAGUAUGAAGGGCAGCUGUACAUGACUCCACAGAACUUCAUCGAGUCGGUGACCAUGAGCGAACCAAGAAACAAGAGGCCCUGGAGGUCCCUGGCCAAACAGGAGCUGGAGAAGAUUUUAACAGAAACUCCCCCAGUAUGGAGAGGAUCCUCCAAACUGUUCCGCAACCUGAGAGAACGAGGCAUCAUCUCAUACACAGAGUACCUGUUCCUGCUCUGCAUCCUGACAAAGCCCCAUGCUGGCUUUAAGAUUGCUUUCAAUAUGUUUGAUGCGGACGGCAACCAGAUGGUUGACAAGAGGGAGUUCUUGGUGCUUCAGGAGAUUUUCCGGAAGAAAAAUGAAAAGAAAGGGAGGAGAGGCGAUGCUGAAAAGUCGGCACAGUUGAGUAUGCAGCUCUAUGGAUAUCAGGUUGCCCCCAUGAACAGCGUGCUAAAAAAAGACAGUCAGGAGUUUGUGGCGCGGAGUUACUGGGACGUUCUGAGGCGAAGCGCCAGUCAAGUCCUCUUUUCUGACCUGGCGGAGCGAGCAGAUGAGAGUAUCACGAUUGACACCACCCUGUUGGUCCAUUUUUUCGGGAAGAAAGGGAAGGCCGAGCUUACAUUUGAUGACUUUUACAGGUUUAUGGAUAACCUUCAAACAGAGGUGUUGGAAAUUGAGUUUCUGACUUAUUCUAAAGGGAUGACCACCAUCAGUGAGGAAGACUUUGCCAAAAUCCUGCUUCGCUUCACCAACGUGGAGAACAUCAGUGCCUACCUGGACAAUGUGCGCCAGUGUAUACCUGAUGAGAAGGGAAUCACCUUUGACGAGUUCAGGUCGUUCUUCCAGUUUCUCAACAACCUUGAGGACUUUGCCAUCGCCAUGCAGAUGUACAAUUUUGCAUCUCGCUCCAUUGGACAAGAUGAGUUUGCAAGAGCGGUGUACGUGGCCACUGGGCUAAAACUGACACGUCACCUCGUUCACACCAUCUUCAAGAUCUUUGACGUUGAUCAUGAUGACCAGCUCUCUCAUAAGGAGUUCAUCGGAAUAAUGAAGGACCGGCUGCACAGGGGAGCCAGGGUGAAGGGCCGACACCAUACCUCCUUCUCUGGCUGUGUUCGCUCUGAGGCCAGAAGACAGGUGCACCAGCUCUGGAGGAGCUACAAGGAGAAGCCAUAGAGGAGGAGAGAGAAGGAAAAAAGAUGAAGGAAGAGGUCUGAUGAUGGAAUAAAUCAAAAUGGUCUCAGUGACCUGAGUAAACAAUAUUGUGUUCUCGAGCACAGAUCUCGAAUGGACCUCCAAAGCUGAUAAUAACUACAAGCAUGCCUGCACACAGCUGACUGAUGCUCCGUAUGAUCAUAAUGAGCACCAUCACUCCUGUUUUGGUUCUGUUUUUUCUAGUCAUCUUGACAUGAUGACAAGUAUUAUUUACAGUGUAUUAAAAAAACAGAAGAAUUAGAUACAGAAUUAGAUUAGAAAAUAUCUUCAGUCUCCAAGCAUGCCACCCUUAAAACAGUC